AUGGUACUCUUUUUGCAGCCAGAUUCAAAAAUGCCUACCGGUGAAGAUAUUGACAAGUAUAUAAGUGCAGAACUUCCUGAUAAAGAUCUGGAACCGUACUUGUACGAAGUUGUAGGAGAUUCUAUGAUACAUGGGCCAUGCGGACCUGCUAAUAAAGCCAAUGUAUGUAUGAUUGAUGGCAAGUGUUCUAAAUUCUUUCCCAAACCUUUUAGUGCAGUCACUAAAGUUGAUGCUGGAUUUCCUAUUUACAAACGGAGGGAAGAUGGAAGAAUGGUUCACAAGAAAGGGUUUGACUGUGAUAAUAUAUAUGUUGUUCCAUACAAUAAGGAUCUAUCACUUCGUUACCGUGCUCAUAUUAACGUUGAAUGGUGCAACCAAACACGCUCUAUCAAGUACCUUUUCAAGUAUAUUACUAAGGUACCUGACUAUGUGAAUGCAUCCGUAGGAAGAGACGACGGCAAUGAUGAUAUUGUUGAUGAAAUAAAGAAACACUAUAGCUGCAGAUACGUAUCCGCAUGUGAAGGUACUUGGAGAACUCUUGCGUUUCCUACUCACUAUCGGACUACACCAGUAGAAAAACUAUCAUUCCAUCUCCCAGGUCAACAACUGGAUGUUUACAAUGAAGAUGACCCUGUUGAAGAAAUACUAAACCGAAUUUCUGUCGGGAAGUCAAAGUUUGUAGCCUGGAUGGAGGCCAAUAAGAUAUAUCCAGAAGCAAAAAAUCUCACUUAUGCAGACUUCCCAUCGUACUUUGUCUGGCAUCUAAAAACCAGAAUGUGGAAACCAAGGCGGAGGGGUUUUGCAAUCGGAAGGAUCACUUAUGUGCCACCAUCUUUAGGUGAAGUGUAUUAUUUAAGGGUUUUGCUAAAUAUAGUCAAAGGUCCAACAAGCUUUGAAGAGAUAAAAACAGUAUACGGCAUAAUCCACGAGAAAUUCAAAGAUGCAUGUUAUGCAUUGGGUUUGCUGGAUGAUGAUAGAGAAUACAUUGAAGCUAUUAAAGAAGCAAGUCUUUGGAGCUCUAGAAAGUAUCUACGAAGGUUGUUUUCUGUAAUACUGCUAUCAAAGAGUGUCACAACUCCAGAAAAUGUAUGGAAUGCUACUUGGGAAAUACUAUCUGAGGAUAUAUUAUAUAACCAGAGAAAAAAGAAGAAGAAUCCCCGUAAGAUACAUUUAAUACCAAAAUUAUUUUUAAUAAUAUAUCUAUUAGCUUGAUGUCACCAAGCUUAUGUCCAAAGUGUUGAAUUCCAUCUUUUAUUUUUCUUACAGAUUUGACUUUAUCAGAAGAUCAAAUUAAGAGCUUAGCUUUGUGGGAGAUUGAAUCGCUCCUGCGUAUCAAUGGAAGUUCAUUGGAAAAAUUGCUGCACUGCUUUUGCCAGGUGGCCGGACAGCUCACUCAAGAUUUGGAAUACCAAUUAAUGUACACGAUUUUACAACAUGUACAAUGACAAAGGGUUCAGAUUAAGCAGAAUUGGUACAACAAGCUAAGCUCAUAAUUUGGGAUGAAGCUCCCAUGAUGUGCAGACACUGUUUCGAAACUUUAGACAGAAGCUUGCGUGACAUAAUGGGAUGCAAUGAGCCUUUUGGAGGUAAAGUUGUUGUUUUUGGAGGAGACUUUAGACAUAUUCUACCGGUAGUUACAGAUGAUGGUAGAGUAGAGACUGUUUUGGCUUCUCUGAAUUCAUCAUAUCUGUGGAAUAGCUGCAAGGUUCUAAGACUUACAAAAAACAUGAGACUUAUGGCAGGAAUUACUGAUAGUGAAGCUAAAGAACUUGAAGCUUUUUCUAAGUGGAUUCUAGAUAUCGGUGAUGGAAAUAUCAAUCAACCAAAUGAUGGAGAGGUUGAGAUUGAUAUUCCUGAAGAUUUGCUGAUAACUGAGUGCGAAAAUCCUAUAGAAGCCAUAGUGAACGAAGUUUACGGAACAUCAUUUGCAGAAAAACGAGAUCCCAAGUUUUUUAAGGAAAGAGCUAUAUUGAGUCCACGGAAUCAAGAUGUUGAUAGUACUAACGAGUAUAUGCUAUCACAACUAUCAGGUAGCAUUUUGGUUUUUAAAAUAUUAAAUUUUGUUGCUAAAAUCAAGGCAUGUAAUCUUAUUUACGCUGAUUUAUAUUGUAAACAGGUGAAGAAAAAAUCUAUCUCAGUUCUGAUGGUAUAGAUAAAUCUGACAAAGGACCGAAGGAUACCAUGUGUUACUUUCAAGAGUUUCUAAAUAGCAUCAAGAUCUCUGGAUUGCCAAACCACUCUUUGAAGUUAAAGGUUGGUGCAAUAAUUAUGCUACUUAGGAACAUUGAUCCUCAAGGUGGUUUAUGUAAUGGUACAAGGCUGCAAAUUACUCAGUUGGCUGAUCAUGUUAUUGAGGCUAGAAUGAUAACGGGUAAUAGGACUGACAGAGAAGGUGGUGAAAGGGUCAAAAUACCAAGGAUGUUUGUAUCUCCGCCAGAAACGAGAUUCCCUUUCAGGAUGCGUCGUAGACAAUUCCCAGUUGCGGUUUCUGUCGCAAUGACCAUAAAUAAAAGUCAAGGUCAAACACUAGAAAAAGUUGGGUUGUAUCUUCCAAGACCAGUUUUUAGUCAUGGACAAUUGUAUGUUGCUGUUUCAAGAGUAAAGUCAAGAUCAAGACUGAAAAUUCUUAUCACGGAUAAACACGGUAAGCCUAAAAAAAACCAUGAAUGUCGUGUACAAGGAGAUCUUUCAAAACAUUGACUAAGUUUUAGUUUUUUUUUCAAGGCGUAUGGUCACUUUUUUGAUUAAUACAUAGAUUUUUUUUUAUAUUUUAGCAACUGAACGUGGUAUUAAUGAUCAUUAUAGUAUUUGAGGCUA